AUGUCCCAAGGGUAUCCCACCAUUCCCACCAACCAAAUUCGGAAAUCCUAUAUCCUUGCUUGCAAAUAUUCCCAAACGCUAAAUGUCGACAUCAUGUUGAAAAAUACAGGCAAGAUGCCAGUAUUUUUCGGCAUCGCCUUUCUAAUCAGCAUAACUACUCACUUUGGGUGUUUAUGGUCGAUAGGGAGGUGGCGAGACACUGCUGGAACUGCGUCGGCGGCUACGGCUGCUGCUACUACGUCGACGCUCACCAGGCUGCACGGAAUCGUCAGGUACCGCGAAUCGGACUCGCGAUUCGUUGGGUCGUAUUUCCGUGCUCGUUCGAGACAUGUUGGGGGUUUGAUAGGGACUUCGGGAGGUCGGGCGUGAGUUUGGUUCGGGUCGUCGUGAUUGUUCCCAAUGUGCCGGCCAUCCAGUUGGUGGAAACCCUGGUUCUUGAGAUGAGGAGGAGGAUUGGUCAUCGGUCCAACCGUAUUUUAUAUCGGGUGGGUAGGAAUGGGUCUGGGCCUGCACUUGCACUUGCGGGUGUGGCACUGGCACUGGGUGGACGAAAGUCUGAGGAAUCGGUUGGGUGGGUGGUCGAGGAACGUGCUGAGGUAUGUGUUGCACGUACGGCUGUUGUACAGGCCGUUGAGAACUCUGGAUAUGUGGACGUGGAGAAGCUGAAUGAGCUUUGUAUGGUGGAACAGGAGAUGUGGAAGCAGGCCUUGUAG